AUGGAGAUUCCACCACCCCCCCACCCCCCCCCCCCCCGGCUCCCAGGAUUCUUCUUUCCUGCACAGGUUUGUGUUUGCACCAAGCAGAAGGGGUUUCAGCAAAAAGUCCUCGCUCUCAGCAGCAACAAGUGCCAGGAGUUGGCCACCCACUACCUUGGCUUUAACGGCUGGUCCAGUCACAUCAUCACACUGCAGAAUGUAUCUGGCUUUGGUGGAGAGAAUGAGGACCUGGGAAGGACAUUACCUGUGAAAUACCUGUGUGUGGAGGUGACGCUGCCCGAACACGGGGUGCACACCAGGGGAGUCACCCUGGCCGAGGCAGACGUAGAGAACAGUGCAGAUUCUCUCAAGUUGCUCACAGCAACAAGAAGAGUUCAGAAACUUGCAGCUGGGAGAGCUUUGGCUAGUGCCUUUCAGAAGAUAUUCCUCAUUGUCUUAGGUAAGGCUUAGGUUUGUAUUAAACACUGGGGUGGUUUU